AUGAGUUCAGCAAAAUUCACGCUUUACGUCUGGACCCGUCACGGUUUCGAGCAGUGCGAACAUAGCGAACAGAUUAUUCAGCUCGGUGAAUGCGAUACACCCCCGGGAGGUUACGAUAGAGCUGUGCAGGUGGCUCCUUGUGAGAAUGACACGGUGUCUCAGCUGCGUGCAGCAGAGAAGCCAUCCCCGAGGGGCUAUGCCGAGAUUCGGGACGAAUCGUAUGAACUGGCACUGCCGUCAAAAAUGGAGACAGGAUGGCUCCGUCUCGUAAGAUCCGGGCGAAUGACGCUCAGCACCGUAGCAACGAGGAGGAAACUCAAAAGGAAGACAAGGGAACGGUUGGCACUGCAAGCACAUGCGGUGAAAGGUUGGGGAUAUGGCACGUACCAGAAUAGUCUGCUAAAUAGCAGCUGUCAAAGAAAGAUAAGAACGGGCUCUGUGCACCGGAGGGGUCUCCAUUUUCAUCAAUCCUUCGAUACUGAUGCCGAAAAGCGGGCGGAACGUAGACAAAAGCAAGAGGUCGUCAGGCUACCACGAGAAAAGACGCCCGGAGAAGGGAUUAAUGUUGUCUCAUCUGUCCAGUCUACAAGAUCGCGGCAUUCACGGGCCAUAUUUAAACAUUUUAUAACCAGAAAAGCCAGUUCAAAACCAGCGACAUAUGUCGCUCUGAAGGAUGUGACGGCGGGGGGGUCGCGCGCCAACGUUAACUUGCCAAACAGCGGCAGACACGGGGGUCGUGCCGCCUCGUGCGUCAAGGUUUGGAUCAUCGCCAUUCGUGAACGAAGAUGGCAAAACGCGGCAGAUGAACCUUACUGUGAACAAAUAUCCAAUGAUAGUCACUUGAGAACGAAGAGGAGCACAGAACGAAGAGAUUUGGAGGAGCAAAGCGAAUCGAAACCAGAGCAAAAGUCUUCUAGUGGGUUUAUGAGCGAAGACGACGAUAUUGUCCUUGAUCAUUGCAGGAAGCGAUGCGAGAAGAACGAAUAUGAGAGGAAUGAUUGA